UAGCCCGGGGCUUCGCGUCUCUUUACUUUCACCCACUACUUAUUCACUAGUGUUUGGAACAGAAAAUCUGGUCUUUAUCACCCUUUUUAUUUAACACAAAAAAAAAAAAAAAAAAAAGUAGCUAGCUUGGUUCAUUUUCCAGGUGUCUAUCCCUAUCUCUUCCUUGACCUUUACUCUCCCAGUUUCUCUUACAAGGGUCAAAAACUUGACAGAUUUUAUAAGUUGUUUACACACUGUAUACUGUGUAUGUGAGAAAGGGUUUGUUUUGUUUGUAACACACAACUGUGACUAUUUGAUGAUGGAUGAAUUGAGCAAACUUCAUUCUGCUAUUGCAUGUUCGGUUGAGGGGCCGAUUAAUAACAGUGUUAGUGAUGAUAAUAAUCUUGUAGCUGCUGUUCAUCAUCAUCAGUUAGAAGCUGUUGAUCAUAAUAAAGCCAGCUUGGAGACUAUGUCAGAUCUUAUCAAAGCACAGAUUGCUAAUCAUCCUCUCUAUCCUAACUUACUUUCUGCUUACCUUCAAUGCCGAAAGGUUGGAGCACCCCAUGAAUUGGCAUCAAUUCUUGAAGAAAUCAGCAAAGAGAACAACCUAAUAUCCAGCUGCCACACUACUGAAAUUGGAACCGAUCCUGAACUUGAUGAGUUUAUGGUAUCAUUUUGUGAGGUUUUGCUGAAAUAUAAGGAGGAGCUAUCAAAGCCGUUUGAUGAAGCCACAACGUUCUUGAAUAACAUAGAGUCACAGCUCAGUUCCCUUUGCAAGGAUAACUUAAUGACUUCAACAAGCACCGCCUCUUUCAACUCCAACAACUAUCUAUCUGAUGAAGCAGGUGGUACCUCAGAUGAGGAUCUAGGCUGUGAGGAGAUGGAAGCAGCGGAUAGUCAAGAGUCUCCUGCUAACCGUGAAGGCGAUAGUGAGCUAAAAGAAAUGCUGAUGCGGAAAUAUAGCGGCUAUCUUAGCAGCUUGAGAAAGGAAUUUUUGAAGAAGAGGAAGAAAGGCAAGUUACCUAAAGAUGCAAGAAUUGCGUUGCUAGACUGGUGGAAUACCCACUAUAGAUGGCCUUAUCCCACGGAAGAGGAAAAAAAUAGGCUAUCGGAAAUGACAGGGCUAGACCAGAAGCAGAUAAACAACUGGUUCAUAAACCAAAGGAAGCGACACUGGAGGCCAUCGGAAGACAUGAAAUUUGCUCUAAUGGAAAGUGUCAGCACUGGAUCCAUGUAUUUCGAUGGAUCUGGAUGCACUGGAAGUAUUGACACUUGAAAAUGAGAAGAAAUAAGAUUUGCUAUAACUAGCUAACACGUAGUGCAUAGUAUGACAGAAACGUUUGUAUUUUGAAGUUUAUAUAUUCACUUACAUUCAGAACAAUUGUUAAUUAUAUAUUCUCUUCCUAAGUUCCCAUUAUAGAAUUCAAAAAAAAUGAAUACCUGCUGCGCUGGUAACCUUUCCAUAGUUACUGGGAUGAACUUGAUUUGAACAAGAAUUUUAGACUAACAAUUUAGAUGGGGCUUAAAG